AUGUCCAAUCUGUCCUGCCUGUCUUCUCUCGAAGAAGAGGACAGUACUGUUUAUGUGCAGCCACAUUACAAAGAGACAUACCGGCUGGCAAUUUACGCACUGAUCUGCGGGGGUAAAGAGGCCUACGAGGAGUUCCUCAGGGCAGAGCAGAUCAGCCACUUUCUGUCAAACGAGGAGAUCUUAUUUAUACUGCAAAAUGGAGAACUUUGUGCCGUUGAGGACAAGGAGGAGGACUCUCAAGAAAAACGGCUCACAGACAGGUGUGAGACCAGGACCUCGACAUACUUCCCAACAGAGUCAGAUGAUGAGGUGCCCGACCUGGACCUGGGCUGGCCGGAGGUGUCAUUGGAGGGUGUGGACACCAGCAUCAGCCUGCUGUUCCACCCACCCCGCGACAAUACGCCGAGCAUUAAAGAAGUGGUGCGCAAACAGAUCCAGGAGGCGAGGCAGGUUAUUGCCAUAGCGAUGGAUGUCUUCACUGACGUGGAUAUAUUCAAAGAGAUAAUCACAGCCACAUUGAGGGGAGUGGCAGUCUACAUCCUUCUGGAUGAUUCACAAUUCAAGAGCUUCCUCACCAUGUCCCUCAGAGUGGGCAUCAACCUCCAGGACUUCAAGAACAUUCGUGUUCGAACGGUUCAGGGGCAGCAGUAUCAGUGUCAGUCUGGAGUGAAGUUCCAUGGAGGUUUGGAGCAAAAGUUUUUGCUAGUGGACUGUAGAACAGUGGUGUAUGGAACGUUCAGCUACACAUGGACAUUUGAGAAGAUCAACCUUAGCAUGGUCAUGGUUGUCACAGGUCAGCUGGUUUGUACUUAUGACGAGGAGUUUCGAAGGCUUUACGCUCGCUCCACAGUUCCUGUAGCGGAGUCCAGCAACAAGUUAUCCAUCCAGUACCUGAGAGAUAUUGUGGCAAUGAAAAGUUCAAACUGCAGUCAACUGUCCGUCAACCAGAUUCACAUGAGAUCCAGAGUGAUGCACGGUAUGAGAGGUGCUCAGGAUGACAGGUUUAACAAUGCCGCCAUGCUGACCAGGGGACUGAGCAUGCAGGACAGACUGCAUCAAUCUCAUUGUGCUGAAAUGGGGAAUCUGGUACGAGGACACAGUUAUGGAGGAGAACUUCAGAAUCUACACUCCAUGACUCGGCUGAGGAUGGGGACCAAAGACUUUGGAGUCCCUCUUGCUACAGAGAGGACUGGAUCUAAUCUGAGGGUGGGUGGUGACCCGCUGCUAACUAACAGGCUGUCUCAGCAGCAUCUUAGGCACCGGACUCAUUAUGGAGCAGACCAGAAUCUGCUACCAUUCAACUCUGAAACAUCCCUCAACAGGUGGAAGAUGGACACAUACCUCAACAACAGUGAUAUGCCGCUAGAUGCAUCAUGUGAUGCAAUAUCCCCAAUGACAUCUCCAUAUAGCAGUCAUACAGGCUUGAAUGAUUAUCAGUCACAAAUGAUUCACAGCAGGUCCAGGGACAUCAAGUCCAGGAUGGAGGAAAUGAGAAAUAAAAGACUUAGCUUGCAGGAAUACACCAAUCUCAGGCAGAGUCAAGAGUCAUUGAGGUCUAUGUAUCCGACUCUGGACAGGCCUAAACUGAUGACUUCGUUAAGAGGUCUGGACAUGAGGCAGAGUAUGUCAGAAUUAGAGCCAAAUCCACAAAACGGUUGGAGCCUUGAACCACCCAACCACAAAGACAGUGAGCCAAAGACAGAAGGCGACAAAAGGGAGCAAAUUCUCACUGAUGGCCACCGCUCUGCCUCUCACAAUGAUGUCAAAAUGGUUACAGAUCGAAGGACAAUGCAGACAUAUGAUUGGCGUGAGCCUCUUUCAAGGACAACCUCGGCUGCAAAUAUAGAGGUGAAACAAAAUGAUCCAUCUCUUAAGCUUUCUCAUUUGCAGCCUAGUGGUCUCAGCCUCCAGCACCCAAGAGCUAUGGAGUCUUUGACUGAAAUCCCUGAAGAGAAAGAGGGUUCGAAUUCCCAUGUCAACAGUUCAGACUCUGCAUUCAAAGAAGGAAAUGAGGAGAUUCCCAUUGAGGACAAACAUCAAGAUCUGCCUGGAGGAAGUCUUGGUUCUAUAGGUAAGGUGCGAAAAAGCUCAGAAUCAGUUACUCCUAAAGAAGCAAACAAAUCAAUAUCCAGUGAGGCAAAGAACUCAAGCACUUCUUCAGGAUCUCAGCUUACAAUAGACGGUAAGAGUAGUCCCACAACUCAAACAAAACACGAGGAACACAGCCUUCGUAAGAGUAGUCCCACAACUCAAACAAAACACGAGGAACACAGCCUUCAUAGGAAGAAUUCCUUGAGAAAGAAAGUACAAUCACUGCUUACACCAGACGAUAAGAAAGUCUCCAAAAAAGAGGAGAAAUCACUCCAAAGAAAGGCGUCAUUGAGAUCACAGAAUACCUCAGGGUCGAACCAGUCAGUUAGAUCUGACCAUUUGCAGGCAUCUUCAGAAGAGAAAUCUACAAAGAAGGGUCAAUCGCCAAGCACCUUAAGGUCUCAGAGCUCCGACAGUGGUGAAGUGGAGAAGCCUAAAUCUCCAUUUCCGAGGUUAUCUCCUCACCGUUCAAGCAAGAGAAAGACAAGCCAUGCAGCAGAUCAGGACCAUGGCAGGAGUAGCACUCCGGACAAGGAGGGAGCGACUGUCUAUCGGAGAGAGAAAGUCUACAGUCGAUUUGAAUAUUUGCUCAGCACUGAAAGUAUUCCUCGGGAUAAAUCCAUGCACUCCUCAGAGAAAGACAAAGGCUCCUCCAUGAACAGACCUGACUCUAACUUAUCAGGGGAUCAGACACAAAGUGGUUCUGAAAACAAACUGGGAAAAUUCAUGCAGCGAGUCGGAAAUCUGAUAAACAAGAACAAGUAGAGUUGCAAGAAGAAACAAUCGUCACUGAGAUCAAGAAUUAAGUCAAUUUUAAUAUGUAGUACUUCUUUUGAUUGGUUUAAUAUUGGGGCUUUUUUAUUUGGGAUGACAUUCAUCAGUAAUGCCAAAACACAACGUUUUGAUGUAAAAAUACCAGUAAGUCACGUUGAAUGAAGUUAAACAGGCACUAUGUAAAUUCAGCCGCCAGGGGUCUCUCAAUCAAAACAAUAACAAAAGAUGUUGUCAAGGCUACUCCGCUAGGAAGAGAAUAUGUUUACCGAUGAUGUAUCCAAGUAUAAUUUGUAUUUUA